AUGCCGCCGCGCCGCCGCCCCCCGCGCCCCGCCGCCCGCGCCUCCGCCGGCGCCCUCCGCGUCAUCCUGGCGCUGCUGCUGCCCCGGCCCGUGGACGUGUGCGGCCCACCGCUGCAGUUUGAAAGCAUGCGGCUCAGGGGCGCCCCGAAAGCCCGCUACAGCCACAGGGAGAGGGUCGAGUACGAGUGUCGCCCGGGCUACCAGCACCUGCUCAAUUUCUCCCUGACCACGAGCUGCAGCAACGGCAGCUGGCACCCGCUCGAUGAAGCCUGUGUCCGGAAAUCCUGUCCAUCCCCCAAACUUGAAAAUGGUGAGGUGCUAGCGCCAAACAAGACCUUCUGGUUUGAGGAUGAAGCUCACUUUUCCUGUGACGAAGGGUAUCACUUAAUUGGACCCAAAAUAAUAUUUUGUAAACAUACUGGAAACAAUGUUGGCUGGAGUGAUAAGUACCCACAUUGUCAAAAGAUGUACUGCAAGCCUCCCGCAAGCAUAAAGAACGGAAGAUUCAGUGAGAGUCACAGGGACGCGUUUGGAUACAGUGAGCUUGUCACGUACAGCUGUGACCCGUCACAGGGGCCUGAGGAGUACUCACUCGUAGGAGAGAGCAGACUCGUAUGCUCUGCGGACGGACAGUGGAGUAGCGAGCCUCCUGAGUGCAAAGUGAUCACAUGUGAACACCCGGAACUUGAAAAUGGAAGCUCUGUGCUAAGCGCAGGGAAGCUGAACUACCAGGCGGUGGUCAAGUUUGAGUGCGACCUGGGUUUUCACCUCCGGGGCAGCGACCUGGCCUUCUGUGGGGCCAAUAGCACAUGGGAGCCCGGGAUCCCCACCUGCGUCACAAAUAGAAGCAGUCAGCUACCUGGGCAGGUGACCUUAGCACCUGAAGUGCUUGCUCAUCGUUGGAAUGAUUCCCUCCCAGACCCCAGCUCUGCUUCGAACACCACUUCCCAGGCCAUCGGUCCAGUUUCCAGACAGCCAGCCAUCCCUUGUAAACUCCCUGUGGUUGAGAACGGCAGAGCCCUUCCAGCCCCCGCCGCAGAGCAGUAUUAUGAGCCCAGAGCCACACUGCAGUUGGAGUGCUCUCCCGGCUACUCCCUCAGGGGCCAGAGCACUGUCUCCUGUCAAGACAAUGGCACCUGGAAGCCCGAGUUACCAACCUGUAUUAAAGUGUCUGAGCCAACGCCGUCCCCAGCAGCCACCCCAGCCACUGAGGCCACCGCUCUGGCUUCCCGUCCACCAGCCGUCCAGUGUAUAUACCCCAUAGUUGAAAACGGAAGGCCCGUCACUCCCAUUGAGAAGUUUUAUGACUACAGAGCUACGGUGCAGAUAGAGUGCUACGAGGGCUUCUACCUCAGUGGCGAGAGCACCAUCACCUGCGGAGCUGACAGCAUCUGGGAGCCCGAGUUACCAGCCUGUGUCAAAGUGCCGAUUGCUCCCAGCCCUGCACCGCCAGCCAGGAGACUCACAGGUACAGUGCUAUUUCUCAGGCUCCAGAUCCCUCUCCAGAGGUCACCGGUAGCUCCCCGUGCCCUCAGCCUCUGUCACUCCACUGCACUUGGCCCCUUAGGGGGUGUGUGCUUGCUUUUGCCUCCAGUGUCAUCUCUGGGCUCCGUGCCUGCACCAUGACACCACUGUUCCUGCAGGCCAUCCUCCAGGAUACGACAGAGAGAAAGAGAGAUACCUGCAGACCAGCUUCACCAAGUAUGAAGCGACUCCCUGCAUGUAGGGAGCCAGAGUCUGAUCCAGUCAAACUGGAUUCUCAUGUGGGUCCUACUGCUCAGUACCGUGUGCGUUAACCUGGCCGCCACUGCCCGGCCCCCAGCACCUUACGGUUUUGACUCUUAACCUCAGACAGAGAGUGAUGAAGAGACACCACACAUCACUCCAGUUGUCAUGGGAUCUCCCAGAUGUUGUGUACCAUUCUCUCUCUCUCUCUCUCUCCCUCUAGCCUUUAUUGCUAAUCUGAAACCACUUUUGAAGUAAGUUUGUCUCCUUCAAACCUGACUGACAGCUUAGCAGGAUAACAUCUUGGGUGGAGAUCUUUUUCAUUCAGAAAUUUGAGUAUAUCCAGCUACCCUUUCUAACCCUUAGGGCUUCCGUUGAGAAAUUGAGUGACUGCUUCUCUCUCAAAACACCUAUUGGGGGCUGGGCGGUAGCGCAGUGGGUUAAGCGCAGGUGGCGCAAAGCACAAGGAUGGGCAUAAGGAUCCCGGUUUGAACCCCGGCUCCCCACCUGCAGGGGAGUCGCUUCCCAGGCGGUGAAGCAGGUCUGCAGGUGUCUAUCUUUCUCUCCCCCUCUCUGUCUUCCCCUCCUCUCUCCAUUUCUCUCUGUCCUAUCCAACAACGACGACAACAACAAUAAUAACUACAACAAUAAGACAACAAGGGCAACAAAAGGGAAUAAAUAAAUAAA